GACACGUGACCGCCCCCACCCGCGGACGGUCACAUGAUUGUGCUGGAAGACAGGAAGAUGGCGGCCCACUUGUCUUACGGCAGAGUGAAUCUGAACAUUUUAAGGGAAGCUGCGCGGAAAGAGCUCCGAGAAUUCUUGGAUAAAUGCGCUGGGAGCAAGGCCAUCGUCUGGGAUGAAUAUCUAACAGGACCCUUCGGCUUAAUUGCUCAGUAUUCCUUACUGAAGGAACAUGAAGUGGAGAAGAUGUUUACGCUCAAGGGAGGCCGCCUUCCUGCAGCCGACGUUAAAAACAUCAUCUUCUUCGUUAGGCCCAGAUUGGAGUUGAUGGACAUAAUUGCGGAGAAUGUCAUUAGCGAGGACAAGCUGCGAUCGACGCGAGAUUUCCACAUCCUGUUCGUGCCGCGUCACAGCCUGCUGUGCAAGCAGCGGCUAGAGGAACAGGGUGUGCUGGGAUCGUUCACCAACAUCGACGAGUACAUCCUGGACCUGAUUCCCUACGACGGCGACCUGCUGUCUAUGGAGUCAGAGAGCGCGUUCAGGGAGUGCUACCUGGAGAACGACCAGACCAGCCUGUACCACACUGCCAAGGGCCUGAUGACCCUGCAGGCCCUGUACGGGACCAUCCCGCAGAUCUUCGGGAAGGGCGAGUGCGCUCGGCACGUGGCGAACAUGAUGCUGAGGAUGAAGAGGGAGUUUGCGGGCAGCCAGACGCAGAUCCUGCCGGUGUUCGACACGCUGCUGCUCCUGGACCGCAACGUGGACCUGCUGACCCCGCUGGCCACACAGCUCACCUACGAGGGCCUGAUCGACGAGGUCUACGGCAUCACCAACGGCUAUGUGAAGCUGCCUCCAGAGAAGUUUGCGCAGAAGAAGCAGGGCGAGGGGGGGAAGGACCUCCCCACCGAGGCCAAGAAGCUGCCGCUCAACUCUGCCGAGGAGCUCUACGCCGAGAUCCGCGACAAGAACUUCAACGCCGUGGGCGCCGCCCUCAGCAAGAAGGCCAAGAUCAUCUCCGCCGCGUUCGAGGAGCGCCACAACGCCAAGACGGUGGGAGAGAUCAAGCAGUUUGUGUCCCAGCUGCCUCACAUGCAGGCAGCGCGGAGCUCCCUGGCCAAUCACACCUCCAUCGCUGAGCUCAUCAAGGACAUCACCACCUCUGAGGCGUUUUUUGACAACCUGACGGUGGAGCAGGAGUUCAUGACGGGGGUGGACACUGACAAGGUGAACACCUACAUCGAGGACUGCAUGGCCCAGAAGGACCCGCUGAUCAAGAUCCUGCGCCUGGUCUGCAUGCAGUCCGUGUGCAACAACGGGCUCAAGCAGAAGGUGCUGGACUACUACAAGAGGGAGAUCCUGCAGACGUACGGCUACGAGCACAUCCUGACGCUCGGCAACCUGGAGAAGACCGGCCUUCUGAAGCUGCAGACCAGCGCGCGGAACAGCUACCCCACCAUCCGCAAAACCCUCAAACUGUGGAUGGAAGACGCCAACGAGCAAAACCCCAACGACAUCUCCUACGUGUACAGCGGGUACGCUAACCCCCACCUGUCCCCCCCCCCACAGAACCCCAACGACAUCUCCUACGUGUACAGCGGGUACGCGCCCCUCAGCGUGCGGCUGACGCAGCUCCUGACGCGGCCGGGGUGGCGCAGCAUCGAGGAGGUGCUGAAGAUGCUCCCCGGGCCGCACUUUGAGGAGCGCCAGCAGCUUCCCGCUGGACUCCACAAGAAGCGCCAGCAGGGGGAGAACAACACCACGCUGGUGUUCUUCCUCGGGGGCGUGACCUACGCCGAGAUCGCGGCUCUCCGCUUCCUGUCCCAGAUGGAGGACGGCGGAACCGAGUACAUCAUCGCCACCACCAAGCUGAUCAACGGCACCAGCUGGGUCCGCUCCCUGAUGGACCGGCUGGAGACCCUGCCCUUCUGAGCCCGGGGUCGUGUGUUAGCGCCUUCAGGAGUUAGCAGGACGGGGGGGGGGGACGGGGGGGGCUAGUCUCCAGGGUGACCAGCUGGAUGUUCACUGAAGCAAUUUAGGUGGAGUACCUUUGCUGAAGGGUACAAUGGCAGCACUCCACCUGGGUUUAAUGGGGCAUUGUGGGAAGGAACGGGAAGAGACAGAGCAACCGGAGAAACGGCUGAAGUGGCGUUCAUUAAGCGGGGGCGGGGGGGAAGGGGGGGGGGGUUCUGAUGGUGGGUGCAAUGUCCGGCCUUAUGGGACAAAAGGACUGAAUUGUGUCCUGGUGUGGUCCAGAGUUAAUUGGCCCAAACCCAGCUCUAAUCGCCAACCAUCGCGUAAAAUAAAACACAAACUGAUCCAGGGUCAGCAGUUGUGAUGGGAGAGGCUAGACCUUGCCCAAUGCCCUGUUUGAUUCCGCAACUUCAACGUACUCCCUGUCACCAUGGUUACUGGUCCUGUUUGAGUAAGGACCUUACUGUGCGCCUAACUACAGCAUACAGUGCUCAUACUCGUUCAGCUGCUCCUGUUCUGUCUUUGCUGGAGAAACACAGCAGAAGUGUCUACAAACAGACACUUUUUCAUGGAAGGUUUGAGCCAGAACAAUCUGAGCAUAGAAAUCUGGCACUUUAUGGCUGAUGUGUUGUAAUGUUCAAGUGCUACAAGCCGAUAUCCUGCUAACCUGUUGUCUCUGUUCACAGUCAAACUCGGAUGCUCCCUCUUUUCCCCCAGUGCUUGUGUAAGUCUUGUAAAUAAAGUGCAUUACUGAACAUAAA